CCCAUCACUGAAAACACAAAGACAUAGCCGUUGGAGGAGCGGUAUUGCCACCUUCCCUAAAACCCUCUCCCUCUCUCUCUCUCUCUCUCUCUGUGUUCAAUCCUCUCCCAAAAAAAUAAAAAACAACCCUAAACCUUGAGAAACACAAAAAUCAGAAUCAAACCCAAAAAAAAAAAAAAGGAAACUAGCCGUUAAGGCCAUCAAACAAGAGAAGAAGAGCCUCUGGUCCCUUAUUGCAUCCACCUGACAUUUGUGUCUCUCUCAGGGAUUCACGUGGUCUUUUCUUCAUCAAAAAACCCCAUUUCUUAUUCAUCUCUACAAAACCCCUCUCUAAAAAAGGAAACUAGCCGUUAAGGCCAUCAAACAAGAGAAGAAAAUCUUCUUCCUCAUCCUCCUCUGCUUCCAAUUUCUUCUUUCCCCUAUGCUCUAUUCCAUUUCCAUUCCAUUUUCAUCCCCUCUCACUCUUUUCUUUGCUCUUCUUUAGCUUUUCUAUGGAUGAUCCUCAAACCCCAUUUGAUUUCACCUCUUUUUGGAGAUACCCAUUUCGGGAUUUUGGUGUUUUCUUCACUCAAUCUCCUGAUGGGCUCUGUUUUUCUUCAUAUAAGAAGAUUCUGAGAAAAAACCCUAAUGGGUUUGUUUCUUGUGGAUUGGGUUUGUUGUUUUUGUUGUUUAAUUUGGUUUUUGUUCAACCUGUUUUGAGUCAGGAUUGGGAUGGUGUGGUUGUGACUCAAGCUGAUUUUCAAUCCCUUCAGGCUUUUAAGCAAGAGCUUGAUGAUCCUAAAGGGUUUUUGAAGAGUUGGAAUGAUAGUGGAUUUGGGGCUUGUUCUGGUGGUUGGGUUGGGAUUAAAUGUGCUAAAGGACAGGUUAUUGUAAUACAGCUUCCUUGGAAGGGAUUAGGAGGUAGAAUCACUCAGAAGAUUGGCCAACUUCAAGCACUUAGGAAGCUUAGUUUACAUGAUAACUUCAUUGGUGGAUCAAUCCCUUCUUCAUUGGGGCUUCUUCCUAAUCUUAGAGGAGUUCAGUUGUUUAAUAAUCGAUUUUCGGGUUCGAUCCCGGCUUCAUUGGGCCUUUGUCCUCUGCUUCAAACUCUUCACAUUAGUAACAAUUUGCUCACUGGAACAAUCCCACCUACUUUGGCAAACUCCACCAAGCUCUAUUGGCUUAACUUGAGCUUUAACUCGUUUUCGGGUCCAAUUCCUACGAGUCUUGCUCGAUCGGUGUCCCUUACUUUUCUUGAUCUUCAACAUAACAAUCUCUCAGGCAACAUUCCUGACUCUUGGGGCGGCGAUGUCACCGAGCGAAACCGGGUGUUUCAGCUCAAGUCUCUGACUCUUGAUGGCAAUCUCCUCUCAGGUACUAUACCAACUUCUUUAAGCAAGUUAAGUGAGCUUCAAGUGGUUUCCCUUAGCCACAAUAGGUUAAAUGGUGGCAUUCCUGAAGAAAUUAGUAAGCUUUUUCUGCUGAAAACUCUGGAUGUUUCCAAUAAUUUCCUUAAUGGAAGCUUGCCACAAAAUUUUGAUAGAUUGAGAAACCUCUCUAUUCUCAACUUGAGUAGAAACAGAUUCAAUGGUCAAAUUCCUGAAACUUUAGGGAACAUUUCAACACUUACACAACUUGAUUUAUCUCAGAACAAUCUAAGUGGAGAAAUACCAGCUUCUCUUGCUGAUUUACAAGGUCUUCAAUCCUUAAAUGUCUCAUACAAUAACCUUUCGGGUUUGGUUCCUCCACCUCUCGCCGAGAAAUUCAAUGCAAGUUCCUUUGUUGGGAACAUUCAGCUCUGUGGGUUCAGUGGUUCGAUUCUGUGCCCAUCCCCAGCCCCUUCUCAAGAAGCUCCUGCUCCUCCACCAGAAAGUUCAACAACCCGACAUCGGAAGUUAAGUACUAAAGAUAUAAUCCUCAUAGCAGCAGGAGCCCUCCUUCUAGUAUUGGUUAUAGUUUUCUUUGUAUUGCUCUGCUGCUUGAUAAGGAAAAGGGCUGCUUCAAAAGGAAAGGAUGGUGGUGAGGCUGCAGCAGCUGGGGCUGCAAGGGCAGAGAAGGGCGUUCCUCCGACUAGCAGUGAAGUUGAAGCAGGAGGAGGGGAUGCCGGUGGAAAGCUCGUCCAUUUCGACGGGCAAACGGUCUUCACAGCAGAUGAUCUUUUGUGUGCAACAGCAGAAAUAAUGGGAAAGAGUACUUAUGGGACUGUUUACAAGGCUACAUUGGAAGAUGGAAAUCAAGUCGCGGUGAAGAGAUUGAGAGAGAAAAUCACUAAGAGCCAGAAGGAAUUUGAAGCAGAGGUGAACAUACUUGGUAAGAUCAGGCAUCCAAAUCUACUAGCUUUGAGAGCUUAUUACUUGGGACCCAAAGGAGAAAAGCUUCUCGUUUUCGAUUACAUGCCGAACGGGAGUCUCGCAGCGUUCCUGCACGCUCGUGGACCGGACACAUCCAUUGAUUGGCCGACGAGGAUGAAGAUAGCUCAGGGUAUGACCCGUGGCCUGUGUCACCUUCACGUGCAUGAGAACAGUAUCCAUGGAAACCUAACAUCCAGCAACAUUCUACUUGAUGAGUACAUUAAUGCUAAGAUUGCAGAUUUUGGCUUGUCAAGGUUGAUGACUGCAGCUGCAAGCUCAAAUGUGAUAGCUACAGCAGGGGCACUUGGAUACCGAGCACCAGAGCUCUCAAAGCUGAAGAAAGCAAAUACGAAAACCGACAUUUACAGCCUUGGAGUAAUCAUAUUGGAACUCUUGACUGGUAAGUCUCCCGGUGAGGCCAUGAACGGAGUCGAUUUGCCACAAUGGGUUGCAUCCAUCGUCAAAGAGGAAUGGACUAAUGAAGUUUUCGAUUUGGAGCUGAUGAGGGAUGCAUCUACAAUUGGUGAUGAGUUACUAAACACUCUGAAACUCGCUUUGCAUUGUGUCGACCCUUCACCAUCAGCGAGACCGGAAGUUCAACAAGUUUUGCAACAACUGGAGGAGAUUAGGCCAGAAACUGCUCCAAGUUCUGGGGAUGAUGGAGCAGGAGGAGGAGGCCCUUCAAUAAGUGAGUGAAAAAAAAGGCUUUUUCCAAACAAGUGCAAUGUAGGAUGAUAGAAAGAGCGACUUCUGUGUGAUUCUUUUAAUUCUUUUAAGGGUGUUUUUGUCUUAGAAUUUAAUAUGGUUGGCCUCUCGAGCAAAAACAGCUCAUAUAUUUUGUUUCAAGGCCAAUUUUUCUACUUUGAUAAGUAAAUGACUAGAAUUCUAGUUAUAUAUAAUAUUAUUUUCCAUAUCUGCUGAGUACUAUAUUGAAUAACAACAGUUCACUUCCCUGUAAAUUUGCAAUCAAAUUUGAGAAUAAAUUCUUCUACAUAUCGUGUAAAUAAAGCGCUCGACGAAAGAGUUUA